AUGGCGACUUCCGUGACCCCAGAUGCUAUUUCCUCCGUAUUGUCGAACCCAUCCUUCGAUUCUUCCUCCGAUCGACCUGAAAUCGUCGUUCAAGUUGUAGAUCUCAAACCUAUCGGCAAUCGAUAUACAUUUAAUGCAAAUGAUGGGAAGACUAGAGUCAAAGCAAUGUUUACUGCGUCAAUAGCACCUGAAAUCAUUUCUGGAAACAUUCAAAAUCUGGGUUUGAUACGUCUCAUUGAUUUCAUGGUGAAUGACAUUUCAAGCAAAUCAACAAAGUAUUUUCUUGUGACAAAAUGUGAAGCUGUUGCUCCUGCGCUUGAUUCAGAGAUUAACUUAGAGAGUAAGAGUGACGAGGAAGCUCCUGAGCUCAAGAAGCAGAAGCUAGAGCAUUCUCCUGCGAAUGAUGAUGCUAAAAUCGAUGUUUCAACUGGUAUUACUUUGAAGCCAAAGCAGGAAUUUGUUGCUAAAUCAGCUUCUCAGAUAAUGAGUGAACAGAGGGGAAAUGCUGCACCAGCUGCAAGAAUGGCCAUGACUAGAAGGGUUCAUCCACUUGUAUCCUUGAAUCCCUAUCAAGGAAGCUGGACCAUCAAAGUCCGAGUCACUAACAAAGGAGUCAUGAGAAAUUACAAAAACGCUAGAGGAGAAGGAUGUGUCUUCAAUGUGGAACUAACAGAUGAAGAAGGAACACAAAUUCAAGCAACGAUGUUCAAUGAUGCUGCACGGAAGUUCUAUGAAAGGUUCCAAUUGGGAAAGGUCUAUUAUAUAUCGAGGGGAUUGCUUAAGCUUGCUAACAAGCAGUUCAAGACAGUUCAGAAUGAUUAUGAGAUGACUCUGAAUGAAAAUUCAGAGGUUGAGGAAGCUAGUAAUGAAGAAAUGUUCGUCCCUGAGAGAAAAUUCAACUUUGUACCUAUUGAAGAGUUGGGUAUGUAUGUUAAUCAGAAGGAGCUUAUUGAUCUUAUUGGAGUUGUUCAAAGUGUUUCUCCUACCAUGAGUAUUAGAAGGAAAACCGACAAUGAGAUGAUCCCUAAGAGAGACAUAACUUUGGCUGAUGAGUCAAAGAAAACUGUUGUGGUGUCGCUGUGGAAUGACCUGGCAACUGGCAUUGGUCAAGAACUGCUAGACAUGGCUGAUAAGUCCCCUGUAAUCGCAAUCAAGUCUCUCAAAGUUGGAGAUUUUCAAGGUGUUUCUUUGUCCACCAUCAGCAGAAGCAACGUGGUGAUAAAUCCUGAAUCACCUGAAGCUAAAAAGUUGAAAUCUUGGUAUGAUUCUGAAGGCAAGGAAACAUCCAUGUCUUCCAUUGGCUCAGGGAUGAGCCCAUCUGCGAAGAAUGGAUCUCGGUCUAUGUAUACUGACCGAGUCGUUCUCUCACACAUCACAAGUAACCCAUCUCUUGGCGAGGAAAAGCCUGUAUUUUUCAGCACUAGGGGUUACAUAAGCUUCAUCAAACCAGACCAGACAAUGUGGUACCAAGCUUGUAAGACUUGUAACAAGAAAGUGACUGAAGCAAUGGACUCUGGUUACUGGUGUGAAGGCUGCCAGAAAAAAGAUGAAGAAUGCAGCUUAAGGUACAUAAUGGUGGUGAAAGUCUCUGACUCAACAGGAGAAACUUGGUUUUCCUCAUUCAACGACGAAGCAGAGAAGAUUAUUGGAUGUUCAGCUGAUGAGCUCAACAAACUAAGAUCAGAGGGAGGUGAAACAAAUGAAUUUCAGACAAAACUGAAAGAAGCAACCUGGUCAUCUCAUAUCUUCCGUGUUAGUGUCACUCAGAAUGAGUAUAAUGGUGAGAAGAGGCAGAGGGUAACUGUGAAAGGAGUCGCUCCAAUUGACUUUGCUGCUGAAACAAGAUUGUUGCUCGAAGGCAUCUCCAAGAAGAGCCAAGCAUCUCAUUAG